UGAGCGAGGACUGUUUGGCUGUAUCCCCAGCUGUAUUGUGUUGUUGGUUAUUGUCAGAGUCCCAAAGGAAGGGGUAGUUAUGGCAGAUACAAAGGCCAACUCUUCUCAAACAUAUGUGAUGUGUAAUUUAGCCAUUCGGUUACAAGUGCCCUUAGUACCUCUCCUGGACUGUUAGCUGCUGUAGAGGAGGCGCGGGAACACUUCAGCAGCUCUUUCUGUCUUUUCCUGGCUGUGCUCGCCCUGGUGUCCCACAAUGCUGAGUGAGCAAAUCUCAGCUUGUCAGCGAGAUCAACCUGUGCUCUAGCAGUGGUGCUUUGGCUGCCCCUAACUGAUUUGUUUCAUCAGUUCCAUCUGAUUGGGUUCGUCCAGGCUGUCUUCUCUUUUUGGUCCAACAGAAACACUUCAUUCAGUAGCCAUAAUGUCCAGACCUGGAGACCUUCCAGCCCUGGAAGCAGGUCCAGGUGCUUCAGAGGGACUCCUCGGGGGAAUGUCCAUCCCUAUAGGGAUGACCCGUCGAGCUUUCAGCUAUGACGAAAAUCUUGAGUGCCCUAUGUCUCCACCUCCAUCUGACAUUAAUAUUAACAACCUGUGGAGGCGACCUGUUAUACCUAAGAGGAAGUUUGCACGACUUGCUGAGGAGGGUGAGUCAGAAGGAGGGGUAAUGGUGAAAGCCCCAAUUACCUCAUCUGUCAUGAACUCCCUCAUCAUCAAGCAGACCCAGGAGAGCAUGCACAAGUUCGAGAAGCAAGCAGGACUGACUGAUACAGUCUACACUCCACACAAAGGCCUGAAAAGAGGAGACCCGAUUCGGCGGAGAAACAGCCUCAUCUGGAUCAGUUUCGGACGCCUGCCGGGACCCCUCAGUCACACCCAAAAGCAAAGACGCAGGGUAUGGUUCAGCACUCAGAGCUCCACCGCUUCUCUCACAGGCUUUGAGAUGAGCACCAGUUCCAACUCCAAUAUAGAUCUGGCUUCCAGUGAUCGACCUGUAGAACGCUGGGGCACUUUUGGACCACGACCUCAAGUCAGCAAAUCCACAACUGACCCAGGUACAGAUCCAGCCAUAACAGGGGGCUUUGCCCUGCAAUCCUAUAAAGGAGCUCAGAAACCCACCCCUAUGGAAGUGAUGAAAGCCCAGGCCACCCGCUUGGCUGAAGACCCCACCAACUUCCAAGCUCCCCCCAAGAUGGAGAUCCCCACCAUGGAUGGGAAGAGACAGAUGACCCGACCUCACAAACUCAAACACCGGGACAUGAACGUCCUGACACCCUCUGGAUUCUAAGUGAACUCCUUACAUCCACCUCAGCUGUACACACAGUGAACCUGUAGCUGGUCUACCCUCUCUCUUACUCCCUUGUGCUGUCUUGCUGCUGGGUCACUGCAGUAAUAAUUGCUUUUCCCUAUCACAGACUCAUCCUUUUGCUAGUGUCUAAGUAAAUGUUCAUCCUCAAAAGAUGCUGUGUGAGUGCGUAGCAGCAUUUUUGUUGGUGCUGUUGUCUUUUGUUGGCCUCUUCUUUGUUUUGCCUUUUAAUUUUUCCUUUAAAGUGUUACUUUAAGCUAGUAUGUGUGAGAACGUGCAUUCCUUGAUGUUUUUGGAUGUACUGUGGUGUAAUUAUUCAUGGCCUGACUGUGAACCAAAGCAGUGUUUUUAUGUGUUGGGUUUUUUCGUUCCAUCACAUAGCAAGUUAGAAAACUGCCUAGAGCUUAUUGUCAUAUAUUGAGAAAUGAUAUUGUGAUUUCCUGUGUAACAUCAUCAAUACACAGUGGGUUCAGUGAUAACUUAAUUUUUUAAGUCUUUGCUGUUGUGUAUUAUGACAUUUAAAGCAUCGUUGUGAUACGGUUAUGUCGAGGAUGGUGUGACCAAUGACGAGGGCACUGAAUUGACUGAAGGUUACAAAAAACUUUGGCUGACAUUUUAUUUAAUGUAACAGCUCUGGACAGAGGAUGUCUUAUAUUUUUGUUACAAGUUUAAAAUUGUUUCAAUUUUUCAAAAGGUCGAAUGUAUUUACUUUGAUCUUGUUUGAUCUGUUAAUACAUGAAUGAAUAAAUAAAUGGAAAUAAAUGCCA